AAUGAUGGCUGCUUCCACAGGCAGUAAGAAAGGGCAGGAACUCUCUAAGGCUGAGUACCUAAAACGUUAUUUAUCAGCCGACGAUGAUUCCCUGAAAUCUAAAGGAAAGGCAAAAAAGAAGCGGCGCAAGGUUCCCGAGAAGGGACUUAAAAUAGUGGACGAUGACAUAGAUUGGAAACAGAUGGUCACACAGCAGACGGAGAUUGAGGAAGAGGAUGAAGAAGAAGCUCCAGUGAUUGCUGAGGUGAUUGAUGAUCGACCCGAGGAAGUGAAACAGAUGGAAGUUUUUAGGACCAGCAACAGAUGGAAAGUAAUUGGAGUGGAUCAAAAUGACGACACAGAGGAAGGAAAUGAAAAAGAACAUCAAAAUACAGAGGCUGGGUCAUUAAGCAGAGGUCGACAUGACUCACCAGAGUUGUCUUCGAAGAGAAGAGGACGGGAUUCUCCUGUCAAAAAGACCCGGCAUGACUCUCCAGAUGUCUCACCUCCAAGGAGAAGUCGGAAGGACUCUCCGGAUGUCUCUCCUCCCAGGAGAAGACGUCACGACUCUCCGAAUGUCUCUCCUCCCAGGAGAACACGUCACGACUCUCCGGAUGUCUCUCCUCCCAGGAGAAGACGUCACGACUCUCCGGAUGUCUCUCCUCCCAGGAGAAGACGUCACGACUCUCCGGAUGGCUCUCCUCCCAGGAGAAGACGUCACAACUCUCCGGAUGUCUCUCCUCCCAGGAGAAGACGUCACGACUCUCCGGAUGUCUCUCCUCCCAGGAGAAGACGUCAUGACUCUCCAGACUUGUCACCACCAAGACAGUGUUCAGGAAAGUCAGAAAAAAGGCAAAGUAAAGAUUCAGCCUCCAGCAAAAGCAAGCUCAGCUCAUCCUUGUUAAGUAAAAAACGCUCACCGGAUCCUCAUCAGUCAGCGGUGGCUAAGAAGGGUCAGAAUAGACAUGAUUCAGACUCGGAUCCGUCUCCCCCGAGGAAAAGGCCCCUGAAGGGAAAUGCCUCAGACUCCGACCAAUCUCCUCCAAGGAGGCCCUCAAAAACUAAACGGGGCUCAGACUCUGACCAGUCUCCACCCAGGGUGCGGCCACCGAGUGGAAGGGACUCGGAUGGAGAUUUGUCACCUCCUCGUAGGCCAGGCCAGUCACAGAGCCAAAGGAUGCUAUCUGGUGGAAAGGCAGGCCUGGUUUCUGUGGACAUUUUAAGGAAAGAGCAAGAGGAGAACAGACGCAGAGAAAAACACAAUCAGCCACUUGAAGAUGAAUCGCGUAAUGCUCAGACGAUUUUCAGAGACAAAAGUGGCAAAAGGAGGGAUCUGGAUUCAGAGAGAGAUGAACAGAAAAAGAAAGCUGGAGAAAAAGCGGCAAGAGAUGAGAAAUACGCUCAGUGGGGAAAAGGGUUGGCACAGAGCCAGAUGCAUCAGCAGAAACUUGAGGACGCGCUGCACGAAGCCCAGAAGCCACUGGCACGUCACCGUGACGAUGAGGAUCUUGACCGCAUGUUGAGAGAACAGGAAAGAGAAGGCGAUCCUAUGGCUGCAAUGCUCAGGCGUAAAAAGGACCGUGGCACAAAAACACAAGAGAAACCUCGAUAUAAAGGCCCUGCUCCACCUCCAAACCGGUUCAAUAUUCCACCGGGGUACCGCUGGGACGGAGUUGACAGGUCAAAUGGUUUUGAACAGAAACGCUACCAGAGGAUGGCAGAUAAAAAGGCUGUGCAGGAAGCGGCCUAUAAAUGGAGCGUGGAGGAUAUGUAAAGGCUUUCAGAAAAUGAUGAAUCUGGAGCAGAGCUAAAGAGCACACCUGCUCAACCUUUAUGUAUAAUUUUUAUGCUGUUAGAACAACAAGACUAAAUACAUCUACUCAGCAGAAAUUAUUUUUUAAAUAAACUACAUAGGAGAAUUUGUUUCACCUUUCCAAACCCUUUUGAUACUGUACCAUGUGUAUCAGAUGGAACUGUACAGAAAAAUGAAGUGAAGCAUGUUCACAAUUUUUGUAAGAAGUUAUUCACCGUGGAGCAGAAGCUGUUGUGGUUUCAGUGUUUUAUUAAAGAAUGUUUUUGUAA